AGUGUUCCUUCUUGUUCUUCGAUAGACACCCAUGUUCUGAUCCUGGAUGUCUUAAAACUAAACUAGCUAAAACAGAUAAUUGGUGGUGCCUCUUCUGAACUCAACCUUUUGCAAUGUUCUCAAACAGUCAUUGCAAUGAAGAUUGAAAUCGCAACUGCAGCUACCUGUGUAAAAGAAAAGAUACAGGCCACCGCGUCACUACUCAGGGGUCCUUCUAAAUGAUCGUCCCCGAGCAAAAACGUGGAUGGUGCAAUCGGCUCGCUAAAUGUUUUUUCUUCAUUUUGUUGUUCCGACAAUGAGUACAAAUUUGAAUCCAGACUUGAAGCUGGUGAGGAGUUUGUAGAUUGAUCCGGAUCAGUAUGCGACCUUUCUUCACUGCUUUGCCCUAAAGUAUCUUCGCCAAGAUGAAGAUUUUUUUUCUGGGGUUUACUUGACCGUUGAUCUCCGAUUUCAUAUUCAAUUUUCUCGAAAGGUAGCGGCUCAAAACUGGGUAGGCUCGACGGUAUGUCAACUCUAUCAUUGUAAUCGCUUGGAACUUCGGUUCGCGACAGUUCGUUAUGGUUUGGCAUUCGCGUUGAAUAUGACCAGGGCUUAGAUAUUGAGGGAAUACUAUCGCCAUCAUCAGAAGUCGGAACCAUUGAAAAAACAGGUUGAUGUGUAAAAUUUUGCAGUGGCGUCGGAUAUUCACUUUGUUGGAAGUAGGUCGAGGAAGAUGUUGGUGUCGAGUUGCUUGACGAAAGCGUUACUGCGAGUUUUGAAUUCUGGUCGUUGAUGAAAGCUAUCAGGUCGCCUGACUUCCAAAAGUCAACAGAAAUAAUGUUGACUUUGCUCUGUUGGAUUUCUUCACAAACUUCCAACAGCGGUAGCAAAAAUUCCCCUUUGUUGAUUUCUUCCGCUGCAGUACGGCUUGGUCUCACAUUAUAACCGAAUAACUCUUUUGUGACGAAUGUGUUUAUCAUGAAAAAGUCUCUUGUAGUCUCAGAGUCUCGCUGAAUUUCGCAUCCAUCUAUAAGUGUUUCUCUUAAAUCAGGGACACUUGUAUAAGACCAAUCUGUUGACAUGCCAUACUCAUAAAAGUAAUUGAUUCCAAUAGUGGACUCUUCUGUGCCAUCUGGGCCUCCCAUGUAGAAGAAGAGAAUCUGUUUCUCAUCUUGGAUAAGAUUUGACAUGGUAGGCCAUCCAUCGUCGUUCUCCGGUCGGUAUAAUCUAUCAACAAAUUCUCUGCCGGCGUUGCCCAUUGGUACAUCUUGUACCAAACGUUCAACAUCAUUCAACGAUAUCGGAUCUCCAGCAGAUUCGUUUAUUUGCAACCAAAUCAUUACGAUAUUAUUCGGAUUUUCCGUAACCCACUCGUUAAUUUGGGUAAAUGUUUCGAGUGGGUCUCGUCGUCCAAUUCCGCAACCAACUUCUGAUCCUCCAUGGCAAAAUGUGAGAUCACCAUUGCAAUUACACAAAUCAAGCGAUAAGCCUCUGUAACCUAGGAGUAAUUUGACGACGUUUACAUCAAUAAAUCUGAUUAGGAUACCAAAAUUUAAAAGUGAAACCUACCCAAAAGCCUCAUAAGAUCUUCGAUCCUGGUUGUUCUCACCUUCAUCUAGUGAUUCCACUAUUGGAUCAUUCCAGUGAUUGGCGAAGAAGAGAAAUCCUGCUGACGGUGACGACAUUGCGUUGUGAACCAUCCCGAAAAGAAUCUCGUUCACUGGAAAAUCACAAAGGCCCUCGACGUCAUUGCAAAUGUCAUACUUUGCGGUGAAUCCGAUAGAAAAUGAAUUCAAAAACAAAAUGAAAAGUACGGAAUAAAGAUGCCAGUGCAAAAUGAAUCGAUCCAUUUUAAGAGGAUGCAUUGAUUUCUUUUCUGUUUUUGUUUCCGGCGAUAGCAUCUCUUCUACUUCGUCAAGACACGACGAAGGAUUGUUGCAAGCCCUUGUGAUUGUGUAUGGAAUCAAUCAUCGAGGGUUGCUCUUCUGCUACUCUCAUUCGUUCAGCCUGAAAAGCCCCAACAAUAGCAUACUGCGUCUACCAUACUUCGGUUCAAAACAAGAAAGGAAUGUUCGAUGGACGAAAAAAUUUCAACCCACAAUUUAUCUUGAUGAACGACUACCGGUAUGUAGAAUGCGGAAGCUGGAGUCUUGGAUUUUUGAGAUUGGUAUGAUUGACCGACGUUCAGCAUUCCCACAUAAAGAUUGGUCAGAAUCUGGGACACGUUCGCGCGCGUGACAAAGUCACUAUCCGGACCGGUACAUAAAUUUAGAGGGAUGCGUGACGAUUUCCCCCCUUGUCAAAAAAGCAAAGAAAAAAAACCAUUCCACUACGGCACGGGAGGACGACACUGCAAAUUUGCAUUCAAGUGCAAUAGUAAUCUCCAGAUUUUGUAGAGUGGGUCGUCAGUAUGAUGAACUCGGCUCCUCUUGUCACCAAAAUGAAUAUAUUGUCUAACAAAGCCAAAUCUGUGCUUGCUCAUUGUAUUCCUGCUGACCAUGGGAACAUAGUCGUCACCACAAUCCUCAAGAAGACAAGUCCAAAGAGUUCUUUCUUCUUCUUGAUGUGAUUGUUUUGAACCACCCAAAGCUCCAUCACAACAGAUGCAUCAUACUAUACCAUCAUGCCAGGACAAGUGAAGCUCCUUUGAUCUUUGACUGAAUGUAGAACAUGCUUUGUUUUUUUGGGAUUGGAUACAUCACAGAGCUUGAGCAUAUUUAUCUACUACUUUACCCGUCCAUUAGUACUAGUAGUAGUAGUAGUAGUAGUAGUAGUAGUAGUAGUAGUAGUAGUAGUAGUAGUAGUAGUAGUAGUAGUAGUAGUAGUAGUAGUAGUAGCAUCAGCAGUAGCUUCAGCUUCUGUCACCCAAUCUCAAGCACAUACCGGUUGGACUCAUUUGUUAUCAGCUGAGGAAGGACUCUUUCAUCAAACAAGAACAAGAGUAAAUGUCCCAACCUGUUCACUGUAUUGGUGCAGCCAUCCAAUGUAUUCCUUACAGCAUGGGUGAGACCUGGAGUUGCGCCUCCUCCAGGAGAUGUAUACUUGGCAGAGGGGGGAGGAGAAAAUUCCUCUGCAUCAUCACCCAACUUUUCCAGUAUUACUGUCAAUUCCUCAUCCUACCUCAACUGGUUCUGCCCCUUCACUGACCAGAUACUCUCAAUUGUAAAAAUUGAUUGCUUCAUAUGCUUGCAAUUUGAAAAGUCAGCGAAGGCUAUGACUUUAGCCCGGGCUUUACAAUCUUCCAAAGAAUUAAGUUCAUUUGUAAGAUCUUCACCUGUGACAUUUUUGUAGACGACACCUGGCAUACUGCUGUGCUAAGAUCAGAUAUGGGCCCAUGAAGUAUUCAAUUUCUGGAGGCAUUUGACAGAAAGCAUUUGAAUAAAUGGUUUUGUAGAUCCAUUGGAAAAUCAUGGAAAAUCUAAGACUAAAAGUUCCAAAAAUUCAUGAUUUGGGCAGCAAAGGGAAAAGUUAAAAAAAUGAAUCCCACAACAGAUGGAGUGACCGAUUGGCUUGCCCAAUUGCUACUGUAGCUCACAACAUUUGCCACUAAUCUUGCGAACUCAAAAUUUGGCAAGAUACUCCUUGAUUCAGUUGUUCUAUGUCCAGUUGAUCAGAAGGAACAAUGCGUCAAUCAUAGUUCCUUCUUUUGGAAUCACCAAUUGAGAACAAUAAAUCCUGUGAGGGAGGCAACCCUGCACAAAAUAACAUGUACUGAUAAAUUAGAAUGAUGUUCAAAGUGAAUUAUAAUGAAUAAUCUUAGGUAUAGGUCUAGAUCUCCUUCUACACAAUCUCUUGUGUUGUAGUCAAUCAGGAACUCAUUUCUGUAGUUUCAAUCCCAUGUAGAUCUUGGUACAGAUUCUACUGAGGGGCUUCAGAACAGAACUCAUUGUUGACAUGGGAUCAUUUUAUGCUGUGAAAGAGCCAACACUCUACAUGGUAUCAGAAAGGAACUGUAUGAGAUGGAGAUCAAGCUCAUCAUUUUCCAGUCUUUCCCCAGACAGUGGUGCACUGGAUACAAGCUCAGUGGUAGGAACAUGUUAGAGGAUACCAUUGAGAAGAUAGUAAAGUACAUGAAUGAUCAAAAGGGCUUCCAGUUAUCCCUAUGGCUCAGGCCUAUCAUGUGGUACCAGCCUCAGGUGGCCCUCAGGGACCACCCAGUCAUGCCUCUGUGCAUUCAAGCCUACUAAGCCACCAACAGGUCAAUCACAAUGCAGAGACCUUUUAUGCUCACCCAACAGGCCCAGCAAAUCAGCAGUGGUGACUACUGGCAGUGGAUAAUUCUGCUUAAGAGGAACACGUGACCAAGCCCCAGGGCUGGGCCUUUGAAGAAGUCCUGGCCAAAUUCCAAGUGGUAUUUGAUGGCAAGCUAGGAAGAUACCCACACAAAAAGAUCCAUGUUGAUCAGAUUCCAUAUGCACAGCMUGUUUGGAAGAAACCCUAUCCAGUUCCCUACUAUGUACAUAAAGAGGUAUUUAAAAGGAAUGUCAACACCUAGUAGGUGAGGGUGUCAUAGCACCCACUAUCAAUUCAAAAAGGGGAUUCCCUGCAUUUAUCAUACCAAAGAAAGAUGGCAGGAUUUGGUGGCUUGUGGAUCUCAGGGAGCUUAAUAAGCUAGUUAGAAGAUCAAAGUUCUUGCUACCCCAAAUCCCAGAUAUUAUGAACAGAAGAAGAGACUAUGAUUAUUUCACCAAGAUAGACUUGUCAAUGAUGUUCUACUGCUUUGAGCUAGACAAUGAAAGCCAAAAGAUUUGCACCCUGACUACUUAAGACAGCAACUAUCGAUGCCUCAGACUGUCUAUGGGGCUGAAAUCAUCACCCGACUAUGCUCAGGCCUUCAUCACUAAGAUCCUCCAUGGUCUAGAUGUGGAGGUUUGCAUUGAUGACAUGGGAAUCUGGACUUCCAGAUCCUUCAAGGAUCACAUGAUGCUAGUGGAUUCAAUCAUGGAAUGGUAUAAAGUGCAAUCCACUCAAAUGUGAGUCGGCUGUUAAGGAGUCAGAUUUCUUGGGCUAUUGGAUCAGCCCCAAAGGUGUUAAGCCAUGGCAAAAGAAGGUUUAUGGGAUUCUCAAGAUUGGAACCCCAGAGAACCAAGAGCAGGUCUGGUCCUUCCUUAGUGCAGUCAACUACUACAAGUCAAUGUGGCCUCAACAGUCUUGCUUCUUGCCAGCCCCUCUUACAGCGCUAACAUGCUCCAGUCCUUUUAUAUGGACAUCUGCCUGUGACAAGGCAUUCAAGGAAAUGAAAGCCUUGUUUGUAUCUUUCCAGAUCUGAAUCUGCCUUUUGAUAUUUUGCAAACUCAGCAACCAUCUGGUGUCAAACAAGCAAUAGCCUAUUGGUCCAAGAAAUUGGACAAGGCUCAACUCAACAAUGCUACUAUUGAGAAGGAGCUACUGGCUGUGAUUCUAUGCCUCAGGGAAUACAGAAAUAUGCUCUAUGGAGGCCAACUCAACAUCUACAUGGACCAUAAGAAUCUCACCACCCCAACUUCCAGACCCUCUCUCAGGCAAGGAUCCUCUGAUGGUGCCUUGCCAUAAAGGAUACAUGUGUACUGUGGGGAAUAUAGAAAAGGAAAUGUAUGGGCAACAAUGUGGUGUAGUAGUCAACUUCAAAGAGCUCACUGUGCCAGUGGAUACUGCUGAUGUUUUCUUUCUAGAGCAAGAGCUACAUGAGUGUCUUUUAUAGCUUUCCCCAGUUACCAAAAUGGACAACCCAUUAACUUGGGAAUCUAUCCAUACACACCAGUUGAAUGACACUCAAUGUCAAUUCAGACACAGGAUGAAUCCAGAGGAUUAUCAAAAACAAACCUUAGACUCAUUUGAACAACCAACAACACGUGUCAGGAAGCCAAGGAACAAGGAACCAGAUACUGGAGCAGUGCAACCAAAUGAAUACCACCAUUGGGUGGUCUACCUCCCUGCAGGACUAGUGCAACACACCCUCAGAUGGUACCAUUUACUACUAGGUCAUUGUGGAGCCACUAGACUCUACAAUACCAUAAGCUCAAGAUUCUUUCACCCUUGACUCAGUGUCCUCUGCAAAGAAUAUCAGUGUCCUGAUGAGUGCCAUUGAUUCAAGCAGCUAGGACAAGGAUAUGGACACCUACCUCCAAAAGAAGCUAUCCUAAUGCCAUGGGAUGAAGUUUGUGUUGACCUAAUUGGUCUGUGGAAAACACUGAUAGGAGAACCAAAGUGAACUUCAAUGCACUCACUUGCAUUGAUCCAGUCACCAAUCUAUUAGUAGAGGUCAUUAGAAUCAACAACAAGUCCAGGAAAAAUGUAGCAGAACAAUUUUUAAUUGCUGGCUUAGCUGGUAACCCAGACCAAAUAGGUGUGUUCAAGACAACGGAACAUAGUUCCUUGACCAUGAAUUCCUACGCUUAUUGAACCAGUAUGGGGUCAAGAAGAGUGUCCCAACUACUGUGAAGAAUCCCAAGGCUAAUGCAGUCUGUGAAAGAGUACACUAAACCAUUGACAAUGUCCUCAGAGCAACCCUACACACUAGAUCUGAGGCAGAUGCUGAAGACUUCAAUGAAGAACAACUUACUGACAAUUCAUUGGCCUCUGUAGUGUAUGCAGCGCAAUGUGCAGUCAGUGCAUCACUACACACUUAUCCUGGGGCAAUGGUGUUUCAUCAAGAUAUGAUUAAGGAUAGAGCUUGCUUCAAUCAGGGACAGACGCCAGCACCUUGUAAAUGAGAACUUAAGAGAAGAAAACUCAAAGAGAAUCAAGUUCAAGUACCAGGUUGGUCAACAAGCCUACACAAAGACUUAUGAACCCGACAAGCUGGCUGAAAGCUUACACAGUCCAUACCCUACAGUAGAAAUCAACACCAAUGACACAGUGAUCCUUCAAAGAAGUCAGAAUAUUUGAGAGACAGUAAACAUUUGGAAGCUAGUGCCAUGCAAGGGAUCUGUGAAUGUACCACCUCCAGAAGAACUGGUGUUUCUGACUGAAGAUCAACAAGAUAUGCGCGUUACAGUUUGAACUACUAGUAGAACUUGGCUGUAUUCCUGUGGGGAAUAAUGUAACAAGUACACAGGUCCAGUACUGAGGCCCUGUUGUGCAGGACCAGUACUGAAGACCAUUCCUGAACCACUCAUGAAACCACCAGACCUAUGCUACAGAACUACAAGGUUAGAAUCAAUCAUGAGUCCCCAGGACCAGACCUAUGUACUAUAGACUAGUAUAGUAGGUUCUGGCCUCAAUCCUACUAUAUACUACUAGUAUGUAUAUAUAUAUAUAUACUACCGGUACAUUUUACAAUUGAGCAAGAGAUAUCUGGAGGCUUCUUGACCUCAUUGGAGUGGAAGUAGCUGAUUAAACUAUCAUGGGUGUCCUGGUCUGGUGCAUACCUCUUUCUAUAGCCUAGUAUGAGAGCUCUCUUCCAGUUGUCUGCACUGUUAUAACCAACAUUUAGGGGUGUAUCUCCUUCUCGUAGUAGUGUGUUCCACUUCUUUCUGGGUCCAUGUUUAAUGACCACUUGCCACUUCUUAUCAAUGGAUUUUCCAGUCAACUCAAGAUCCUUGAUAACAUUGGUGAAGGCUUCCGCAACAUAAACAGAUCCUGGACACCAUAGUCUCUGGAGAAAAUACCACAGUUUGAUGUGAGCUUCUUGUUGUUGUUAUCAUGAUUCAUUGUGAGGGUUAUCUUCUUCAUCUGCCUUGUUGACUUGUUGGAUUGGGUUCUUCAAGGAAAGGCAGGAGAAUUGACUUGGUUUGACCAUUGUUGCUUGUUUUUUCAUGUAAUAAUGUGGUUAGUAAUUGCUGUGCACAAAAUAAUGUGUACUGAUGAAUUAGAAUGAUGUUUAGAGUGAAUUAUGAUGAAUUAUCUUAGGUAUAGGUAUAGAUCUCCUUCUACACAGGUUCUGUAGUUUCAAUCCCCUGUAGAUCUUGGUACAGAUUCUACCGAGGGGCUUCAGAACAGAACUCAUUGUUGAUGUUGUAACUCAUUAGUUCUGUUCUGCUUCUGAUUCUGUUGGAAAGUGCUGUCAUCAAGAAUACUAGGAAUUCUAUAUGAUUUCAUAUGUAACAUGUAGUAUAUAUAUUAAAUAGGAUUUAGACCAGAACCCAUAAUCUAUAUAUAGGUCCGGUUCCGGGGACUCAUGAUUGAUUCUAACCUUGUAGUUCAGUAGCAUGAUAGGUCUGGUGGUUUCACGAGUGGUUCAGGAAUGGUCUUCAGUACUGGUCCUGCACAACAGGGCCUCAGUACUGGACCUAUGUACUUGUUGCACAAGAAAAAAAAAUUGAUCAGAAUUUGUACAAUUAGUACUAGUCCUGCAAUAUCAUUCAGUAUUUACUGUAGUACUACUAAUAGUAGUAGUACUUGUGUCACAAUUAAAACUCCUACCACCAUCACCACCAUUGCAAACAGGGUAUAGCAGCAGCAUUCUUGUUGUAAGCUUCUUGCUGAUAUAAACUAGUACCUACCACUAGUAGUAGUAGUAGUGGUGGUGGUGGUGGUGGUAGUAGUAGUAGUAGUAGUAGUAGUAGUAGUAGUAGUAGUAGUAGUAGUAGUAGUAGUAGUAGUAGUAGUAGUAGUAGUAGUAGUAGUAGUAGUAGUAGUAGUAGUGCACGAGGCCAAUAGUCCUGUUGCCAUUGUUACAUGUACUUUUAGGGCCACUGCUAUCAACAUAUUAACAUAGUUUAUAAUUUUUUGAUCAKGUUUGAUCACAUUUUUUGUCAUCAAAAGCAAUCAAAGAAUAAUUUGAAGGGGGGUCUGGGAAUCUAUUUUAAAAAAAUCAAAAUUGACAUGGUUUCAGGAGGAGUCAACUCUCCAGCAGGCCAGCAGCAGUGUUUCCCUGUGCUGAUGUACAUACUAGAGCUACUAAAGGCAAGCCCCAUGCUGGCAAGUUUUUGUUGAUUUCCCAGCUGACAUUUUUUUCAUUUUCCUGUAUUUAUUUCCCCUCUCCCUCCCCUCCAAACAAAACACUAGUACUAGUAUUGAGUCCCAAAAUAUUUUUAUUUGUGGUCGUCCUUACUUCUGGGGAUAUAUUAUCAGUGGUUACUACUUGAAAAUUUCCAUUAGUAGGGCUUACUACUGGACAACCUCUAUUACUAUUACUCACUAAUGGGAAGUUGUUGUAGUAGUGAGCACCACUGCUGCGAACUGUUGGGCAAGGCUGUUCUGUUGGUGCAGUGAGAGAGAGGUUGUCCAGUAGUACUAGUACCCCCUCCUAAUGGAAAUUUUUAAGUAGUUCUCACUGAUAUUAUAUCCCCAGCAGUAGUAAGGACCAGCAAGAAAUUAAAAGAAAUUAAAUAAUGGAAAUAUUUUUAUUUUUGUCCAUUGGAUGCUUUUUUAACUGGUUUUAACUGUAAAAAUGAGGUAUAAAUUUCUAUUCCUAUUUGUAUGGGAAUUGCCAAUAAAUUGCCAGUACUGCGCUUGCCUUAAGUAACUCUACUACAUACCGUAUGUACCCGUUCGGGACGAUGUUGGAAAAACAAAUAACCGACCAAAAUACGGUACCCAGAACAAAUACAAUGAUCCGAUUCAAAUAGCAUUAAGUAUUGCUGACGUGCUCUUGGCCCCAUUUCUCAUUGUUGUACUUAAGGUUACGAGGGUUUGCUUUGGACUCAAAGUUUUCGACCAAUUAAGUAUGAUGGACUUUUUUCAUGGUGCAUGUAUCUAUCGUUUAAAAAUGAUAAUUAAGAAGAGCAUCAAUGCACAUCUCUUGUACAGAAUCUAUUUACAGAUCAGCUACGCAGUGCGUAUUGUACUGUACUUUACUCAGUUCACCCUUUCUCACAUGAAUGGAACCGAUUCCUGUUUACUGUAUCUGGCAUCUUGGUUCAUAAUAUUUUGUCCUCCAAAAUACGAGUACCGGACGAGUAACCGAACGACGAAUUUCGACAAAAUCACGAGAAUCCACCGGCACUUACAGAAAAGUUGUAGUGAAGCAAAGAUACCAAUACCAUGACAAGACUAUCCUUUCUCCUCUUUAUCGUGAUCUUUUCUGCCUUCAAUGUUUUUGCUGAAAACGAAGCCGAGUCAACAGCAAUGGACUUGAAUUAUUCUGUCGACGCCUACGAGUGUGACAGCGAAUUCCACGCCCUUGAAGAAAAAUACAAAAAGAAGCGUAAUAGUGUGUACAGAAUUUGUUUCGAGCCGAGCAAAAUCGCGAAGGCCGCUGGAGUUGCCAUCAAGAGCAUCGACUCCUGGGAAUGGAGUUCAAAACACGCACAAGGCGAAGCGAAACAGAAGGCAGUGAUCGGCGGAGAGGGACUAGACGGUCUGAGCAUCUUUGAGUGCCUGGACGAAGGCAGAAAAUGCUUCUUGGAUACCUACCUUGGUUCGGAUUUUUACACUAAUGCUGCAUCAGUGGUUGGAGAAGGAACGGCAACAAUGACGGCUGGCAGGGGAACAGUUCCAGUAACUAAAAACUUAUUUCUAGCUAGCUUUGAAAUAAAGUUGGACGAUGAUUUGAAGGCACAAUUGGAAGGCCAACAAGCUGCGUUAGCCGCAGAAAACGACGGUGCGAGAUCGGACAAUAGUACAAAAGAAGAACUCUAAACGUCAUGGCGAAAGCAAGAGUGUGCUUCAUCGCGUUUAGAGAAACCAAAUAGAACAGAACCAACACCGACGAUAAACGGAAAAAAUCUAGUGUAUCGCUGAAGCAUCUUCUCGUAGUACAAGGCGAUGGAACCCAAUGUAUAGUUUGAUAUCUGCAUGACCAAAGUAGAACACCAUAAUUUUUGUUUCAAAACCGUGUGGCGAAUUAAUGUGUUUCGUAAAC